AUGGGCAUUUGCUGUUGUAAAAACGAGCCAUAAGUUUAAGAAAAGAUUCACUAAACUAAUAUAACUUACAAAGAUGUAUUUAUUACCUUCAAGCAAGGAUCUAUUAAAAAAGAAGAAGCUGACGUCUUAGUCAUCUCUACUGACAGUUUUAUUAGCAAUAAGUCUACAUCAAUAUUUAAUGAGGAUAUGAUCAUCCAAAGUAUCAACUAAGAAAUAAAAAGUUCCAGAGGUAGAAACGAAGAGCCUCUUUAAACAGGAGAAAUUAUCUUUUCUAGCCCAGGUCUGCUCAAAAAUGUUAAAGAAUUAGCUCACUUGGCAGUCCCCAUUUGGAGAGGUGGCAAUUAUAAUGAAAUAGAGAAGAUAGUAAAUGGUUAUGUUAACAUUUUAAAGCAAUGUGAAGAAAAAGGAUAUUCAAUAGUUAUGUUCACUGACAUUACAUCAGGUAGAUUUGGUAUUCCUAAAUAGCUAGGAGCAGAAUGCUUUAUCUCUGCAUUAAAAAUAUACCUAGAAAAGGAAAAAAAAACUAACUAAAUUACCACAAUAAAGUUCAUUCAUUAGUUGAAAUCAAACUUAAUAUUUUUUGAAGAGUUCUUCUAAAAAGAAGCUGGUACUAAAGAAAAAAGUCAAGAUUCUGAAUAUUCUGAUCACCUAAAAAUAGCAUAUGCAUAUAGUCCUGAUAACAACAAUUCAAAAUUAGAAACAGUUGUAGAAAUGAAUGGAUUGAUUAAUAAUAAAAACAAUCAUAAUGAAAAGGAUGAAAAGAAAGAAUGA